UAAUCCCAAUUAAUAAAGGCGAACCAGGUAUAAAUAAUUAGGCUCGAAAAACCCUUGAGCCAUCACCCUAAUUCAGUAAUUCCGAUUUCUCCUCUCUGCUCGCCGCUUCUAAUUGACCGGCUCGAACAACCCCAAUCGUCAUCGCUCUACGCCUGAAUUUGCUCCGUCGAUUCCUAUCUUUGGAAACCCUAGGGAUUCCACCGGAACUUCUCGGUAAAGAUGGGCGACUAUGGCGACGCCAUGAUGCGCGACCAAAACGCCGCCGUUCAGGCCCGUGCUAAGGCUCAGAACCGCGCCAAUGUCAUGCAACUCAAAUUGAUAGGUCAGAGUCAUCCAACUGGUUUAACCACAAACCUUCUUAAAUUGUUCGAGCCCCGUCCGCCAUUGGAGUACAAGCCACCUCCCGAGAAGAGGAAAUGCCCGCCAUAUACAGGUAUGGCUCAAUUUAUUAGUAGUUUUGCUGAACCUGGUGAUCCUCAAUAUGCUGUUCCUGUUCAGAAGGGUGAGACGCCGGCAGAAAGAAAAGCUCGGAUUCACCAACUACGUCUGGAGGAGGGAGCCAAAAAGGCAGCAGAGGAGCUUGAGAAAUAUGAUCCAAGUAAUGAUCCGAAUAUUUCUGGAGAUCCUUACAAAACAUUGUUUGUGGCUAGGCUGAAUUACGAGACAACAGAGAGCAGAAUCAAAAGGGAGUUUGAGGCUUACGGGCCUAUCAAGCGGGUUCGCUUGGUUACAGAUACGGAGUCAAGCAAGCCUAGAGGCUAUGCCUUUAUUGAAUUCGUGCAUACUCGAGAUAUGAAAGCUGCUUAUAAACAAGCAGAUGGAAAGAAGAUUGAUAACAGGAGAGUGCUCGUGGAUGUCGAGCGUGGUAGAACUGUUCCAAACUGGCGUCCUCGUAGGCUUGGUGGCGGACUUGGAACAACUCGUGUUGGCAAUGAAGAAGUUAACCAGAGGAACGUAGGGAGAGAGCCAGUUCAAUCUGGAGGAAUAUCUCGAUCGGAGGAGCCUAAAGUCGAAAGAGACAGGGAGAGAGAGAAAUCUCGUGACAGAGGAAAGGAUAGAGAUAGAGAACGCGAAAGAUCUCGUGAGCUAUCACACGAUAGGUCAAGGGAUCGUGACCACAGAGAUCGUGACAGAACCAAAGAGAGGGGUUCCCGCGAGAGGGACCGCGGUAGGGACCGCACGGGGGAGCGGGACCGCGAGAGGGACCGACCCCGUGACCGCGAGAGGGGCAGAGACAGAGGCCGAGACCGUCAUCACGACAAGGAGAGAGAGAGGGAGAGAGAUAGAGAUUACGAAGUUGUGGACGAUCGUGGUCGUUCGACUGAAAGGGAUAGGAACUACGAUAGGGGCGCAGAUGCAGAGGAUAAUAGCCACCGUGGGUGGCUUGAUCAGCCGGCGGAGCGUGCCGGCGGUCACUAUGAUGACUACUAUGGGAACCGAGGUAGGGAUAAAUAUGAUGAUGCGGAUGGUGAGGGUGAUAAUAACGAUAGGUACAGAGAAUCUGACAGGUACGGUCAAAUGGAAGAUGAUGAUGGUUAUGGUUACGAGAGAGGUGUGUCUGAGCCACGUGACAGGGCUUACCGCCGCUCAGACAGGUCAGUUUCUCGUGAGGCCGAGUAUUGAAUAUGAUGUUGUCUGCUCGUUUGCUGUCAUUUUGAUUUCCCCUAGACAGUUAAUUCUACUUUCCGGGUAAGUUGGAUUGGAAUUCUGAGACGUUUUUUUUUUUUUUUUUUUUUUUGAAGUGGUUAUGUUUGGUAUAUUUACUACUGGAUUUCCUGGAUAAACUCAUUUUUAACUUUAGUUUGUUUUUUUGGAUUUCAUUA